AUUUUAAAGGCUCCACGAAAUCCUCUUGAUGAUCUGGGAAACGGGAAUGAAUUGACGCAGGACAUCAAUAUAGAGAAACGUAGGAAAAAUUCUCGCCGUGUCAGCUUUGCGAACACCAUAAACUGCAGAGUCUUCCAGCGAGAUCUUAAGAAUAACGCUUCAGAGGGAGAAAAUACAGAAUGUGCAGCAGAUACAAGGAACGAUGUCCUUCUUAAUCAAAAUGAAGAACCUGAAGCUGUUCCGUGUGAGAUCACUGGGAUGAACACUUUGCUUCAUGCCCCUAUCCAGGCAUUGGUGCAGCAGACUGAGUGUCAUGAUGUGGACAACACCAUUCAAAGAACAAAUAAGCAUGACACAACCCUCAUCUUUUCAGAUGAAAAUGAAAUGGAUAUGACAUCUAGUCACACUGCAGUGAUUACACGUAACCUGAAAAUCAAUCAAGCUGACAAAACUGAGAAAAUAGAUAUCACGUCAUUUCUGGCUGGGUUAAAUUCUAACAAUGGAAAGGCAGAAACGAACAAAGAAUUUCAUUUUUUCUCUGAUCCUACAAACCAUUUGUGCCCAUCUUUUGAACAGAAGGAAGAUGCUACUACUGUAAAAAAAAUAAAUUUCAAUGAAUUUUUGAUGAGCUUGAAGUCAAAUGAAAAGGCACACAAUCCUAUUGAGGGACUUGAAAAAGGGAAUGGUUUUUUUGUCUCUUCACAAGUCUCAGAAGAUAUGGCACAAUCGUCAGUGGAAUUUGUGUAUUCCCAUGAAGCACUGGACACCUGCAAUGUAACAAAAGUCUUUAGAGGGCAAGAUGAUGGAAUGGAAGUGACAAAAUGCCAGGCAUCUGAUGUUAAAGCUAUGUUUUCUGAUAUUUGUGAAGCUCCACCAGAGCAAUUACUGUGUGCGGAUGUUACCGAGACAUUUGCAGAUGAUGGAAUGGAUAUGACAACUAGUCACACUGCAAAAAUGUCUUUUCCCUUCUCCAGUGUUGGGAAUCAAAGUCUAAACCUCAAAAAGGAUUUCCCAUCCGCAGAGUUAGAUAAUUCUAUGUUAAAGAGAGCAUCUAAUCAGCAUUUAAUUGAAUCAACUUUGCGUGGACAAAAAAAUGGAACCAUUUCUUCUGAGACUGUCUUCCGAGGAGAUAAAACUGUUGCUUUUUCUAAAUGUGAUGACAUGGAAAUUACUGGGAAUUACACAGAUGUGAUCUACAAUGACAAUACCAAAGAAAUGAACAGUUCACAUCAUAAAACUUUUGAAAAACCACUUAAUACAAACUCUUUGCUAGCAGAAAACAGACAUCUAGCACAUGGUGAUAGGGACAUUACAAAGAGUCUAACAUCUUUAGAUAAUCGAGCUUCUGUGUCAUAUAAAAAUAGUGCACUUGAACCAUCUUCGGGCUCAGAUGAACGAAUUGAAAAAGUGACCCAAGGUCACGGGACUGCUUCUGUGAAUGUUGGUCUUGAUUCAUGUACAAAUUCAGUGUCUGCUGGUGUUUCGAAGAGUAGACUUCAGCCCAGACUAGCAAACUCUCAACUUGUUUCUUUGCCAAGUGAGAAGACAGUAAUAUUCUCAGGAGAAGAUAUGGACCUGACUAAAGCCUGUGCUGUUGAGGAUGAUGGAAAGAAUGUUGAAAAUGAAUAUCCCGCUGGAGUGUUCCCCUCCGUCACCUGCAAACCUCAUUUUCUCGAUAACAGAUCUACAUCUCCCAAUUUAAAGGAACAGGAAGAAAUGGAAAUAACUAAAUGCCAUAAUGCUGUCAUUGAUGAUCAAAGCAUAGGGAUAACUGCAGAAGCAAAACAAGUACCUUGUAAAAUAAUUCCAAGAAAGAACCAGAACAAAAAUGUCAGUGAAGGUGCAAAUUCUUUAGAUAUGGACAAGGAAAAUCUUGAGGUGAUCAGUAUCGAUGGGAAUAUUAAAACAAGCCAGGCGAUAGAAAUGAAUACUAAAGAUCUUGAGAUGAUAAUGGUUGAUAAGAAGCUUGGAAAAACAAACUUUCAGGCAGGUGGUCCAAGUUCCUGUGCAAAGAGCCUGUGUUCUUUACAAGAGCAAAAGAGAGAAGUCCCUGAGAAUAUUGUCACCGACGACUCUGUGUUCAUGUCUUUGCAAAGUCAAAGAGUUGGUAUAUCGCAACCUUUGGAAAAAACCCUUCUAAACGCUUCAGUUUCUUGUACAAAUGACAAAAUGGGCAUGUUUUCAGUUGAUCAAAACAUGGGCAUAACCAAAACUCAUCCUGCUGCCUUUGAUGUUGCUCCUCUUAAUACAGUACAAGGAUACGAGAACAAUCGUAAUCAAAAUAAUGUAAUAUCCAAGCAGCUGCAACACCAGACCUUGCAGUUUUCUGGUAGUUCUGGAGUAGAUAUCACAAGUCAGACUGCAGCAAUAGAAUGUGGGGAUUUGAAAAAGAAAGCAAAUAAGCAAACUGUUACUCCUUUGGCUCCAAAUGGUUCAUUUAUUUCCAGUAAUGAGCCUGCUCCCUCUGGAAUGAAAGGAAAUGAACAACUUGGAACAACAUUAGGAAUAAAUGCAGACUGCCAAAACUCAGACAGGCUUGAGAAAACCUGUACCAUGAAGGUAGCAAACAAAGUAUUGCCAACUCAAGUAGAUUCUGAGAGAGAUUUUUCAAUUGGUAAAACAGUUUCUUCUCACUCAGGUGAUGGCCUGCACUUGAGUGGUGCUGAAGAGCCGUUACGAGCCACUGUCUCUGAACCACAUAAGGGAAGUUCCCAAUUGCCUUUGUUUUUAGAAAAGUCAGUUGUGUUUCCCUCUGGUGAAAACAUGGACUUGACUGGAAACUGUGCUGUAACGGUUCCUGAUUACAACAUCAAUGCUGUUUUAUCAGAAGGAAAAGCAGUACCUGGAUACCUUGUUCAGGAUGAAAAUAAAAUAAUGCCCUUAAAAAAAGGGGUCAUGAUGACAAUAAAUAGUCAGGAGCAGCCUGCAUGUGAUGUGUACUCCUUAGUAUCUGGCAAGAAAACAUUAACCGAGAGUGGUCUACAACAUUUCCCUUUUGCAGAUGAGAAAACUACCAUAUUUUCAGAAGAUGCUGAUAUGGACAUCACCAGAAGUCAUACAGUUUCAGCAGACAACAAAAUAAUUUUGCAACAUAAAAGUUCAAAUGAUGACAUAUCAUUAAUUUCUGGAGAUAAAACUUGCGUUUUUACCUACAAUAAUGACAUGGAAAUAAGUAGACUCGAUACUGUUGUAAUUGAUGAAUCUAUGGAAAAGGCUGCAUCUCAAGGGAUGCUUAACACAGCUAAAAGGACUGGAAGGAAAAGUUUGAAGGGGACAACAGGGGAAAAGACUGUUUUAUUUUCACUGAGUGAUGAGAAUAAUGACAUGGAGAUCACAGAGAGCCAUACAGCUGCAAUAGGCCGUGAAAUGGUCUUGCAACACAAGGGAGGGCUUCAUUCUCUCUCUUCAGCUCAUCCUGUUCAAACUGUUUUGUUCGCAAGCAGCCAGGCUGACGGGGACAUUACCACAUCUUGCUCUGCUGAUAAAAUUUCUGUAAAAGUUGUAUGUGAUGAUAAACCGAACUUGGACAAGGAGGUUGGACAGCAAGCACUUUCAAAUAGCGAAGCUACGAGGUUUGCUAUGGAUGAUAUGGAAAUCACUAAAACCCAUAAUGUAGUGUUGGAAGAAAAUUCUCGGCAAGGUAGGCAACCUAAUCAGUCUGUUCCUUUAACUUCCACAAUUAUGUUUACCAGUUACCAGGCUGACAUGGAGAUGACUGAGUCUCACUCUGUUGAUGAAAGCAUUGAAAGAGUCUUUUGUGAGGAUAGAUUAAACCUGCCUAAGGAGGUUGGACAGGAGGCUGUUUCAGAUAGCAAAACAGUCAUUUUUACUUUGGCUGAGGAUAUGGAGAUCACUAAAACUCAUACAGCUGUGUUAAGUGGUGAAAUUGGUGUAGAGGACAGAGAAGCCAUUCCAGCCAUUUCUGCGGUUCCCGCUGAUAAAACCAUUGUGUUUACCCACAACCAAGAUGACAUGGAAAUAACUGCAUCCCAUACUAUUGCUGUUAAUAAAAAUAUUAAUGGAUUUGAGAAUCAAGAAGUGUCACAUAAAAGCACUCAUCAACCAGGCUUGCAUAGUGCGUUGAUGUCUUCUUGCCAAGAUGGAAGAGAUUCCUCACAUAUAAAAGACUUGAAUUAUGAAUAUCAUACAAAAUCUAAGGACAAGCCUAGCAUUCCCUCGUCUGCUUCAUUAGCCUCAGCAUUUCCUAAUGAGAGAGGAGCUCUCAAAGUCCCCAGUGGGACACCACCAGAUUCCGUUUAUUCUGUCUCACUUCCAGAAGAGACUCUGGGUGUGCGGACACCACAGGACCUUGACCUUCCCACAGAUAAUUCUGUCCCUGUAAGCAGUGAGCAGGAUCUCAUACCUCCAGAAAACCUGAAAUCAAAGAGAAAAUCUUUCAAGCUUCCAAGUAAUGGUCCCACAGACUGCAGUGAAGAAAGUGACAAUUUGAUAUCCUGUGUUUCACUUCCCAUCCAACAAUCGGAUUCUUUAAAGGGUUCUACAGAUGCGUGUAGUACUCAGAGAAACCAAGUAUUGAACGAUAAUUCAUCUAGACAUGAAAAUUUAGCUAUGGAUUUAGGCUUGGCUGGAGCAAGCCUUGUUACAGUUUCUAACAAGGAAUCAAAGGAAAAUGAGGGGCUGUCAGCUGAAGGGGAGGCACCUCCAAAAGACUUUCAAAUAAACUCUGAACAAACUAAGCAACUUUUGGUCAAUGACAGUCCAAGAGAUCAACUAGAUCCCACUCUUGCACCUGAAUUAUCAGGUAUUUUAAAUGUGUGUUCAAAACUAAAAAAUAUUAGAAGGAAGUCUGCAGUUCUCUCUGUUUCUGAAACUGCUUUUUCUGACCGGUUGCCCAAAUCAUCAACUCAGCCAGAGGAUACCUUGAGGUUAGGAAAAAACACUGUAAAUGAACCAAAUAAAUUAUUUUAUACCAAAGAGCAGGAGAACACAUGUCUUGAAUCUGGAGCUGCUCCCGUAGAUGCAAAUUUAGACAUGGCACUUAAGGAAAAAUACCAAGGAAUAAAUGUCCCUCUAGGUAUCUUCCAGCCUAAAUUACCAAACAGAAGAAAUCCUUCUGUUUCUAGCGUACAAGACAUAAAUGCAAAAUCUUCUGACAAAGGAGAAGCACCAGUUUCAGCAGUAAGUGUAAACACUGGUGAAACCCCAGGUAACAAGUCUAGUAGGCGGAACUUCAGCCCUUCUCAGUUUAUAGCAGAAGAAUUUCUUCCUGUCUGCCUAGAAGAAAUGGAUUCAAAUGAAUCCGUAAGCUCUGAACUCGUGGAAAAUGCUUGCAAAGAGAUAAGCAAAAAACAAACCUCCCACAAUGAAAAGAAUCAAUUUGAAGAAACAAAAACUUGCAACACAAAAAGAGCUUUGGAACAAGAUGAGGAGGAGGAAUUUCAAAGUCCAAAGAAGGUCAAGAGGCGUGAAAACUUGGAUGGCGAGGCCUCUCAAGACUUGCAGGGUACUUUUGGUGCUGUGUCUCAAAGCCAAGUAGAAGUUCAUGACAGUGAAGAUCCUCCAAAUCUAUCGGCUAAAAGCCCUGACUGUACUCAUGCCAGCACCAGCAGCUCUCUGGAUUCUGUUAAGGCUGACACAGAAUUAACAAGUAAGACUUUUCAACGAAGCAGUCAGAUGGAGUCUCAGCUUCUCACAGAUAGCAUUUGUGAAGAUAACUUAUGGGAGAAAUUUCAGAAUGGUGUUAUCACAGUUGGGGAGUUUUUUACACUUCUUCAAGUCCAUGUUCCGAUUCAGAAGCCCCGGCAUAGCCAUCUUCCAGCCAAUUGUGCAGUCAGUGCACCACGCACUCCAGAAGACCUCAUUUACAGCCAAUAUGUUUAUCGCCCCAAGCUGCGUAUUUAUGAAGAAGAUUGCCAGGCGCUUUCUCGGAUGAUAGAUGAGUUAAAACUGUAUGCAAAUGUCCAGGACCAACUCCUGGUGAAUGUGAAUAAGAGUCUGUGGGAAGUAAUGAGAACCUGCUCUGAUGAAGAGCUGAAGAGCUUUGGAGCAGAAUUGAACAAAAUGAAAUCCUAUUUCUCCAAGGAGAGUAAAAUCUUGGCCCACAACGAGAAAGUGACAUUGUACAGCAAAUUGCUGCAGAGCGCGCAGGAACAACAUGGAAAGCUACAGUCAAGAAUAGAAAAGGUGGAUGAAUUGCUAAAGGAGGCAGAGAGCUGUCUUGUUGCUCUGGAAGCAGCCUAUGAACAGGUGACCAAGCUGGCUAAAUCUGCUUGCAAUAACAGUACAGCUGCUGGUAGCACACAGUUCAAAAUGGCUGCAAAACCUGCCAGCGAUCCUGCAGAUUCUGACUGGGAUGAAUGGGAAGCAGACUGCAGCGAUGAAAUGGGAAAAGGAAAAAGCCUACAGGAAGAAUUGGAAAGCCUCAAAGCCCAAGAAGAGGAACUUCAAAGAGAGCUGUCGGAUCUGGAGACUGAGAAUGAGCAAAUGCUUGCUCAGAUGAACCAGCUAAAGGAAAAAGAAAAAAGCUGCCAGGAACUCCUGGAGAGAUGCAACUUCACUGAGUGGGAGAUUACUGAAUGGAGUGAACAGCAGGCAGUCUUUAAUUUUCUUUAUGAUUCUGUUGAACUCACAGUUGUGUUUGGACCCCCAAUAGAUGGUGAUGUUUUUGGUGAAGAUCCUUCCAGAAAGAUAGUUAGCCUGAACUUUGAAUCUCUCUUGGAUGAGGAAAAAGCUCCACCCUCCUCAUGCUUAGUCCAAAGGCUCAUCUUCCAGUUCAUUAAAAGUAAGGGAUGUUGGCAGGAAAAGUGUCCCACACUGUACUACUUGCCCCAGGUUCUUCAUGAUGUCUCUUUGGUGGUGAGUCGUUGCAAGAUAUUGGGAGAGGAGAUUGAAUUUCUGGAGAGAUGGGGUGGAAAAUUUAAUCUUCUGAAGACAGAUAUCAGUGACACAAAAGUGAAGCUUUUGUUCUCCGCUUCCACAGCUUUUGCAAAGUUUGAGUUGACCCUGUCUCUAUCUGCCAACUACCCAUCUGCUUCACUGCCUUUUACUGUCCAAAACCAAAUUGGGAAUAUUGGGGAGGAGGAAAUUUCUGCUGUUCUCUCCAACGUACCAAUUGGUUACCACUAUCUGCGCAGAAUAGUCAGCGUGAUUCACCAACAUUUGCUCCAGGAUCCCAGAUGA